AUAAAGCAGGCGAGGAAGCCUGUGGUCCGCCCCGGCACCUGCGAGUGGUAUUACCUUGAGCGCAUAAUGGACAUGGUCUCAUUUGCCGAGAUGCUCCGUCGCCAUCAUCUCGUUGUGGCGCUCUCCACCGCCGCCGCCGCCAGCGAAUGGCACAGCUGCCCGCUCUUCUCGCACGUUGGCAAUGGCAUCGACUCGAUGGUCCAGUUUCCGACCCUAAGCAACCUCACCGCCGAGUGCCUACACCUCCAAGUCCCCGUGUGCUACCCCGGCGUCUGCACCAGCGACAACAAGACGCUGAGUGUCUUUCUCAAGCGCCUUCCGGCGACGCGCCCAACGACGCCGGGCAAAGCCGUAUGGCUGAUGCAAGGCGGUCCUGGAGCACCGUCCGACGCCAUGGAAUUGUCCAUGUUCCAAGUGUUUAAGGCUGCCAAAGGCACGAUGAGCCUCUACACGAUGGACCACCGCGGCGUCGGGCGCAGCUCGCGGCUCGACGCCAACUGCCCCGAGCUGAACGGCGAGAGCGACAUGGGCGACAAGGAAGCUGCUACUGCCUAUUCCAACUGCUUCCAAAAGCUCAAGGAUCUCUACGGUGCCGAUGCGCCCAAGGGUUUCUCGGUCACCAGCGCAGCGACAGACCUCGCGUCCAUCAUCGAGAGUCCGAUGCUCGCCAAGGACGAUGUCUACGUCUACGGCGUGAGCUACGGCACGUACUUGGUCGAGCGUUUGAUGCACCUCGCGCCCAACAACGUCAAGGGUUACAUUCUCGACAGCAUGCUCGCCGAGAGCCCGGUCAGCGUGUACAGCGACUGGGACCGUGACGUGGCCAAAGUUGAAACAACCUACUACGGCCUCUGCGACCGCGACGCUAAGUGCUCGUCGAAGAUCGGUCCCAACUCGAAGCAAUUCGCGUUCGAUUUGUACAAGAAGCUCGAUGCGAACGACACGGCGUGCGCCCAAGCGAUCUACGCAGAGAAGGGUCUUCCGUCGGACUUUCUUGGGAGUACGUUUUCCGACAUGUUGACCAACUACAAGCAGCGCAACUUGAUUCCUGCGAUCCUAUAUCGUCUUGCCAAGUGUGUUGCGGACGUCAAGAGCGAAGCAGCGUUCCUCGCCGGUCUUCUUGGCCUUGCCUCGGAGGCCGCCGGCACCGAAGGGCGCAACGACGUUGUGCCUGGCGACAUGGAGACCGGUGAGUCGGUCAGCGACGACCUUCUCUACCACAACAUUGUCUUCAACGAGAUUUGGGGGCUACCGUCGCCGUCGUUUAAGCGCCUCCGUGACGACGCUGCCAAGAUUACGUGGCGCAGCUCGUCGAGCGACGACACCAAAGACAACCUCUUGACGUUUUGCGCAUUCCGCGGCCACUUGGACCCGGUCUGCGAGAAGCUUGGCGUCAAGAAGCAACAGCAAACGUUUGCGUACUCCCACGACCAGUACUGGAACAAAGCGGCGGCGAUCCCGGCCGGUGCGAGUGCCCUCCUUCUCUCGGGGGCGAUCGACAUUCAGACGAUUCCCAAGUACGCCGUGUCCGAGUAUGCGUCGAUGGUCGGCGACAAGAAGCUUCUUUUGCAGUUUCCGUUUGGCGGCCAUAGCAUCAUCUCGACAACCCCCACCGAUGCCAAGCGUCCCGGGAAAAACUGCGGCAUGGACAUCCUCAACAUGUACCUUCAGUCGGGCGGCAACCUCAAGGCCAUCAAGACCGACUGCAUGAAAGAUGUCCUGCCCCUUGACUUUACGCUUAUUCGCGACAAGGACAAGGCAUUGGAGCUCUUUGGCACCACGACCGACCUCUUUGGCGAUGAAGAACAACGCCACCUCCGCCAUAACAUCAUCCCGUAAGAUGGUGCUCCGCACUCCAGGCCAAGACAACGGUAUGUACUUUGCAGUGCCUUUAAGUGCUAGGCGUAGCGACCAGCUAAGGAUGUGUGCAUAUCAAAGGGUUUUGCCCGCCAGCGUGAAAUGUUUGACACUUCCCAUAUGCUGCAUCGAUAUAUAUAUAUAACGUUAUUGUACAA